GAUCCACCCCCAUCGUGUCAGUGGUGCCUAAAGGACUGGUAUGAAAGACGAGACCACCACCGCAUGUGCUCUCAAUGACAUACCUUCACUUUACCGAAGACAUGCAUCCCGCUGUGGGUCUGUCAUAGCAGGGCCAACAACAAGCUCUGAGGGUCUGCUGCGAUCCACUUCCUCCCUCUAGUGGACAGAGACGAGAAUGUCAACAUGCCCUUGCAUAAUUUGAGGCAAUUGUCUCGAGUGUUUAGCUGCAAUAGGACCCAAAAGAGCAUAGCAGUUGCACAAUACUUUUAACAGUAGAAAUGGUGUAAGUCAUUGUGUUUAAGUGAAUGUUAAUUUGAAAAUGUGAACAGGAAAAGGAUGUAAAAACAUCCUUUGACCUUUUUCAAUGGAAUUGGAGGGGUUCGUAUUCUACGACUGAAGGUGAAUUUAGAAUGUUGAGUUUCAUCUCCUCAGUCAAAAUUUGACAUUUUGGGAGACUAGUGACGCCGAUGGCUUGACCUCUGGUUCUGUGGACGAGAGCUGCUCAGCCAAACGACUUCACACUUGGCUUCCUCAGCUCAUGAGCAAUACACCAGGUAUGAAGUCAAACUAAUCAAGGUUUUUGCAGACAAAUUCCAGGCAAACAGAGAGAGGGUCCUUUCAUUUCUGUUAAAUUUGAUUUAAGCCAAGCUCCCAUUGAAGCUCCUAAGAUUGGGUUCAUUCAUGCGUUGGAUAAAGCGGGGUUUGGAAUAACUACGUUCUCGGCAUUGUGGAGAAAAGCUUUCAAACUACACUCAGGCAAUAGUUCAGAAGGAUAUGAUCGGCAGCAGAAAUAUUUCUAAGCAUUUAAAUUACCAUUGAAAGUUUUGGAAAAGAAAAUGUUAAAAAUUCCCUGUUGUCAUUACAGGAGUAAAACUGGAGGAAUCUGCUACACAGCCGAUAUCUCAUAAUAAGUGUGUUAUUAUUUGUCAGUUUGUAUUCAAUUGAUUCAUUAUAUGUCUACUGGAAUAUAUGACGAUAAAUCUGAAUAGAAUUCUCCAAUUUCUUUCAAGUUUCUCUGGAAACUAAACAUGCAAACACAUUUGACAUUGAAUAUGAACACGUGAAUUACGCCGCAGCUCAUCUGAGCCGCUCCUCAAAGAAGGACUUAGUUCGCUGACAUGACGCAGAGGACAGGAAGGUACAGGUGUUACGUGUAAGCAGAUCAUAUUUCCAUCGGGCACAGGAGGGGACGGAGGCGCUACGCUCAGCUUGUAACCAUGGAAACAAAAAAAAACAGCCUCGGCCCUCACGUUCCGGUGUCUCGAGGCGGUAGCGGCCUGUGGAUGAGGAUGGACUCCGACCCGCUGAUGGACCACACAGGGGGCCGAGGGCGGAAGCCUCAAGAUGCGACCACGGAUCCCCCGCCUGGCCCGGCAGUGACCAGCAGGUAUCACAGUGUGAUGGACGACGACGACGACUCUGUCCCACCUCCUCCGCCCGACGAGCCUCCUUCGCCGCACGCAGCUACUCAGGUGAAUAAUUCCAACGUGACCUUUACAAAAGGGUCAGCUGAAGCCGUGGAGACUGAAGAUAAUCCCAGCGGCUUAGGUUGGCGUCCUGGGGAGAGUCGGUUAAUGGCAACGCAAAGCGCAGCGGAGGAAGUGAUAGUGAACGCAGAGCAGACUUCGACGGACGCGGCGUCCCUGUCUGAAGUCUCCAUUCUACCUGACAAUCCAGACCCAACAUCAAUGGAGGAAGCAUGUUGUGAUCCAACUCGGAGACGCCAUCAUGACGGAACAUCGGGCGGCGUGCAAUCGCAGCCUGAGAGUAUUGCAAUUCUGAGUGAGGGGCAGAAACCUUGCAGAGAGGCUGAGGCUCAAAGCAACAAGAACCCAAAACAGGUACCUUCAAACAUUGAGGAGAACUCUGAAAACACAACGCAUUUUGACAAUGAGGGAGAAUCAAUGUGUGGCUUCACUGAGACGUACGCAAAACUGGCCGUGAAAAAUGCUGACUCUGGGGAUGUGAAAAGUGGGGAAGGUUUUGAGUCCUAUGAGCCUCCGGAGCGCUCCAAAAAAGACCAAAACACGAUGGACGCGGCGACCUGUCGGCUGUACGAACCAGAGGUCCCAGUGGACGAGUCCAACGGUGUGGCGCAAGCUUCCCGACACUCCAUCUCCGACGGCCCCGAAGAGACAGGGCAGGGAGAUGGGAGCAGGAGAAUAUCUAAUGGUAUCCAGCAAGGAGAGCAGCUGCUUCAACGCCUGCAGCUGGUCCAGCAGCGUCAGGACGUGUGUCUGCCCAGGAGCCCUCACGCCUCCCAGCAGGCUGUACGAGAGACACGAGGCGGGACAAAGAGCGCACCUGGGACUGACGUAGAGGAUUCGAAAGGUAGGGCAGCCCACUUGACGGGUGGGAACGAGGAAGAAGAAAGCAGGGGAGCGAGGUGGAACCCGACGGCGAUGGAAGAGAGUGAGAGGUGUGCCGUUGAAGAUGAGGCUGGGAUGUCUUUGGUAAUGCAGACGGAACAGUCAGAGCAGCGCAAGACCACCAGGGCAGAGUCAGGAGACUCUGAGGAGGAUCAAAGGGACAGCUGGGCACCUGCAGACCCUGACGCAACCUCCUCCACCCAGAUUCCCUUUCUAUUCUCCGAUGAUCCAGAUGUGCUGGAGAUCCCCUUUGAGAGCAAUAUUUCACUCGAGCCCUUCCCCACCGAGGAUGGCGACGACUGGCAGUUCACCUCGCAGAAGAGGAAGAAGGAGAUAAGCCAGGAGACGCGGAGGGAGGUGGUGCUGGUCAACCAGGGCAAGAUCCCAGGGGGGUACAGCAAAGGAGAAGUCCGCCAGCUGAAGGAGACGAAGCUCCUGUUCGAGGCCUUUCAGCAGGACAACGCGGCUGGUCCGACGAGGCCCCAAAAACCCACCGUGAAAGGUCCCGUUUACCCCUCUGUGCUAGAGCGCACACGUAGCCUGGAGAUGCUGUCGCUCAAAAGUCGGCCCAUCUCCAGAACACAUUCCUUCCGGCUGAUUAAGGAGAGCGAGAAACUCGUGGAAAUCCUAACCAGCGGUUCUCUGAGAAAAACGCGCCCGUCUCACUCCGUAAAACACAAGGAGCAUGCACUUCAGAGCGGGGGCGCGGACUCCGUGGACACCCCUGGGGAGGCGAACGGCCCACGAGAAGGUCCCGUCGUCAGGGGAAACCCCUUCUUCAAGCUGCGCCCGGCCCUUGCUCUGAAGCCCGAGGUAGAGAAGGACAUCCGGGAGGCCAAGGAGAGAGAUGAAGAGCUCCGCAGACAGAGAUGCACCCUGUACGGGGACAACAGGCCGGGAGGUGAAGAUGGAGAGGGGUCAAGGUUCAAACCGACGAACGCCACAGACGUCAGGAAACAGUCGAGGGGAAAACUGGAACGCGUAUGGCCUCCGCCCUCCAAGAAAGACCAGAAGUCGGAGCAGACGCAGCAGGAGGCAAAGGUUCACAGGGCGGGAGGUCAGAGGGCGUCUCUGUGGCAGCGCUGGGAGUCCGGCCUGAUCAACGGGAAGACGCCAAAGGAAAAAAACUGAGGUCGGCCAUGUUGAACAUGUCCCUCAUCUGCAACGCUGGAUCAAUGGAACCGAGGUCCAGAAGUUAGUUCUGGCUUGAACGCUUUUUGUCUGUUGCGGCUCUGUAUCGGUGUCGAACAGCAGUUUUGAUAUUUUUAAAAACCUAGUUGUAUUCAGCAGGUCAAUAAAGCAAAAGUGUCACAUGUUAAGGGGAAGACGCCCGUCAGUUUACUGCUAUCUUACUGGUCAUCGAUUUUAGAAGGAUUUUUCUCAUUUCUAUAAACCGUUCGACAACUUUGCAUAUAAUGUUGUAAUUAUGCUGUAAUGUUUCUCUUUUCAUAAGUUCCCGCAGCAAACCUUCUUUAGAUCUUUUGCAUUGAGACUUGAAUAAAUUAG